GAUAGGAGCUAUUUAUUAAUAGGUUCCUUUCAAGUGUUUCCAUACCAAUUUCCACCGUCAUUUACCCGAUCAAAUAUUCCUAGCACCAAUACACUUAUCAUAUUCGCUUUUGGUCUCUGAACUGCUUAUACGUAACAUACCAAUUCUUUCACCAUGUCGGCCCCUAAAAGCUUUGAUUUUGUGAUAGUGGGCGGGGGCACAGCUGGGUUGGUGCUUGCCUCACGCUUGACUGAGGACCCUAAUGUGCAGGUGCUCGUAAUAGAGGCCGGGAAGGACUUGACAACGGACACUAGAGUCAAGACUCCAUCCAUGUCCUCUGCCCUAAUCGAAACCGAUGCAGAUUGGAAUUUGAAAACUAUCCCUCAGAGUGGUCUAGGAGGUCGACGGACGAAAAUUCCUCUCGGGCGUAUGCUUGGUGGCUCUAGUGCAAUAAACACCCUGAUUUUUACUCCCAUCGCUAAAUCCAACAUUGAUGCGUGGGCCGAUCUUGGAAAUCCUGGUUGGGAUUACGCCAGUUUCUCGAAAUCGAUGUCCAAGGUAUACAAUUUGCCUAAUUCCCCGUGGAAAACCGACGGCCAUGGUCCGCUAAGCAUCAGCAUUCCUACUGAAGACAAUGGAUGGUCACAAGCAUGGAGAGACACAAUAGCCACUCUGGGUUAUCCCACUUCGAUGAACCCUUUCACUGGCGAGUACUACGGUGCUAUCAUGUCUCCUGAAGCGGUUCAAGCCUCUUCAAAGCAGAGAAGCUAUGUUGGUUCCGCAUAUCUUCAACCUGCACUGACCGGAACCAAUCUCACCAUAUGGACAGAGACUAUGGUGGAUAAAGUUCUUUUUGACACGAAGACUAUCAUUGAGAAUAGUGAUGUUCUAGCUACCGGCGUUCAAUUCACUAAAAAUGGUGAAAUAGGGAUAGUGUCCGCUUGUAAGGAAAUUAUUAUCAGUGCUGGAACGUACCAUUCUCCCAAGGUUCUUGAGCUUUCUGGUAUCGGCGAUGCGAAACUCCUCCAACGACUCGGAAUAGAGGUCGUUGUUGACAACCCCCAUGUAGGAGAGAAUCUCCAGACGCAUCCUUACUGCACCAUGACAUCCGAAGCUAUCGAGGAUAAAGAUUACCAGACCAUUGAUGAUCUCAUACGACAAGAACCAUCAGCAAUUGCUGCAGCUGCGAAGAAAUAUGAGGAGAACGAAGGAGGACCCUUCUCACGAAGCGGUCUUAACGCAACAGCCCAACUGCCCCUCCCGUCUAACUUCUUGACUGCUGACGGAACAAGCGAGCUUGAUCGCAUCUUCAAGGAAUGCUGUGGCAAGGCUGAGCUAGGGAAGACAACACCUGCCUUCGCGAAAGCGCACGAGUCAUACGUGCACUCUGUACUGAGCUCUAAGACAGAAGCCUCCGCCCUAUACUAUUCAUUCGCUGGAUAUGCCAUGCUUGAAGGCGAAGGUGGAUUCGCCCCGAUUCCUGCUGGAGUCAAGAAUUGGUUUACGGGGGCCACAUUACUAGCACAUCCUCUCUCUCGAGGUUCUACCCAUAUCACGUCAAACUCAUCUUCAUCCCCAGAUCUCGCCGUAGAUCCAAAGUUUCUCUCCCAUCCGUUCGAUGUAGAGCUACUUUCACGUCAUUUGCAGCAGCUACAUGCUAUAUUCAAGACUGAGCCCCUUGCAAGUUACUUGGUUGAAGGUGGAAAACAUUUGCCGUCUAAUGUUAACCUCUUCAACAUGGACGAGGUACGGGACUACGUCCAUAAAAAGGCUGUCUCUGCACAUCACCAUUCGGGCACCUGCUCAAUGAUGCCGCGGGAGAUUGGUGGAGUUGUAAAUGAACAUCUGAAGGUAUAUGGCUGUAAAAAUCUACGCGUUUGUGACUUUAGCAUUGCCCCUAUAAUUCCGCGAUGCAAUCCUCAAGCAACCGUUUAUGGGAUCGCGGAACACGGAGCUAGCAUUAUAAAAUCUACCUCUUAAAUCAGGGUAUGAGUAGGAUGAAUCUGAUAUGAUUUUGGAGUACGGCAUUGUUCCCGUUAGUUUUAGUUAGACUCAACAUGAUCGUCAAUAUAUUUCACACUUCGUCGACA